CAAAUGAGGUUGCUUUUUGGGGCGUAGUUCUGAAGACUGAAGGAUGACGUUAUAGAUUUACAGGUGCGGAGGGCGGGGCAGGAGUCGCAGACUGAGGAGGAAGAACGUAGAAAGACGGAAAGAGACCGUGGGGAUGUAUGUGUAAAUGCGAUAAUCCGCGCUGCAGGUACAGCGACAUAAAGCUUUCUAGCCCAGUCGGGGAACACCAUCUCCCAAAUACAUUACAUUUCUCCCCACAAUGUCUGGUGGAGGAGAAGUCCGUAUUCUCCGCCAGGAGGCUGGGCAGGAGAGCCCGACGAUGCCGGCCUGGAAACGAGAGAUUCUGGAGCGGAGGAAAGCAAAGGGUGGCGGGUCUGGAGCAGGAGCAGCUGAGCCUUGCCCUAGCGCGAGCUCAUCGCGGGUUAAUGGCGAAGUAACGGGAAACAGCAGCGCCUCCAAAAAAGACAAUGAAACCAGCACUAAUUCAGCUCGGAACUACACAAUCACUCCAGCGAGCCAGCACUUUGCAGGCAAGCGGGGCAGCUCCCCCACCUCCCCAGAGCUCUCGCCGGUGAAAACAAACAAAGAUCCCUGGACUGCCACCGAACCUUAUGACUCGGAGAAAACGGUAAGGGAUGGAGAGGGACAGGAAAGCCUGGUUCUGCAGGACAGUCUAGGCCCGUUGCAGGAGAACCCCUUCAUCAAACUGGAGAAGGAGCGAAAGAAACGACUGGACAGGGAGUGUGCCAUUCGUCCCGUUCAGCACAUACUGGAAUUGUAUGGCAGUGUUCCCGGAAUUCGGACUAUACGAGCUGAGAAUAUCAUUAUCAUAGAAUCCGAUCCGGAUUACUUUCCGGAGGCCAGUGGAAUAAAAAGUGGGUCUUAUCUGCAGCAGAAUGGGGUGAGCAGUUACAGCUCCCUCAAUGACCUCUUGGACAGGAGAGCAGGUGGGGUGACUGAGAUAAGGGCAAAGGAGGUGGUCAUUUAUGACACCACACUAAGCAGGAGCGAGGAGAACUUGAGCACGCUGGGUCGUCCUUGUCAUGAGGGCACAUUUGAGACAGGAGUGGGUCAGGGCAGGGUGAGCCGCAUGCUGCAGAAAUUUGACAGCAACUAUGGAAAACUGCAACCCAAGUCUCGCAGCACAGAGAACCUACUGGACUUGGAGACCAGUUCAAGCAGGCCAAGACAACGAUCCAAGCCACAGCCAGAUCUGGUGCCAAAAUACAAAUUACACGACCAGCCUAGCUCACCAGUCCGCACCCUAGGCAACACACAGUCAUCAUCCUCAGUCUUCCAGAGCUCCCAGUCUUCCAAACCAAAUCCACAGCCCCCUCUUGAUGAGCCUGACAGCACCCUGCGCUCUGCCGGACCCCCUCAGUCAGUGUCUUCCUACCGUCAGCGUUUUGAAGUGAGUGGGGCACGCAGUGUGGUGGUCAACCCUAGAGAGGAGGCAGAGGGUCCCCAGACCAAGCCUUUCCGAGAGAGAGAUUGGGAGAGCACAGAGGUGCCCCCCAAAUCCAAGGUGCCAUGCUCUCCGGAUACCCGCUGUGCCCGUGCCGAGUCCCCUGCCAGCCCCACCACACCCCCGAUGUCUCCCCCCUCGCCAGGGUUCGAGAUCCGCCCCUCGCCCCGCCCUGACCUCUCCCUGCUGCCUGCCGGGAACAUCCAGGCCCGUGCCCUUGCCAACCUGCGCCUCCAGUCCCGCAACUCCUUCACCGUCUUCCCCAAACGCCACGGAGCAGCCUCCUCCCCGGGCAGCACGGCCCCCUCCAGCCCCAUCAAGUCUCCUCCUUCUCAGAGAGUGGCAGAGAUGCCCACUCCAGGAGUGCCAACCCCCAUCACCCCUCCACCCACCCCAGCAGCCUCCAAGAGGAAAGAGGAGGUGAGGGCAGCCAGGCCAACCAAACCAGACCCACCUCCACCCACCGCCACCAUGCCCCCCUCCUGUCCAUCCCCAGCACCCUCCCCAGUUCCCUCUGUCCAGUCGCCACCUCCAGAGGAAGCCCCUGCUGACCAGCUACCUGUCACCAACAUAGAUGACAUAGAUGUGGACACCUUGCAGCCCGUCGCCCCCAGUCCCACUCCAGUGGUGCAUGGACGGAAGGGGAAUACAUUCACUGUGGUGCCUAAACGUAAGUCAGAGCCUCAGCCUGGCUCUCCAGAGCCUCAGGAGUCCUCCGGAGGGGCCCAGACCCCCCCCAUGCCACCACAGGCCCCCUACGCCCAGCUGGGUUCCCUGCUGAAGAAGCGCUACCCUGCCGUGGAGGAGAUCGAGGUCAUCGGUGGGUACCAGUCCCUGGGACGCUCCUGCCUCAUCAAGACAGGUUCCACUGGCAAGAAGCUGAAGAUAUCGUUCAAAGAGUUUAGCCUGCAGAGCACCUACGAGUACCCCUCAGAGAGCAGCGUGUGGGACAGCGGAGAGGAGGAUGAGGGGGAAGGGAAGGAAGGAGGACAGGAGGAAGAUCAGCCCAGCAUGGUGGGACGCAUCCACAUCCCUCGUCCGAGCUACACCAGCAACGGCACUGAUCUGUCCAGUUACAUUCCCAAGCACACUGUGGAUUUUAACAGCUGGCAGGAACAUAAGCUUGAUGACCCUGUUUACCAGGGGGACACUAAUUUCCAGCGCACACAGAUGUCAGGGGAAGUUAUGCUCACCCCAGCAGACAGCUCCUCUCUGUCAGAUUUCAGCAGUGAACCUGCUCUGUACUUCUGAUCUGCCUGGACCAAACAGGAAUGACCACUGCCCUCCAGUACCAGAACCAGCAGCUUGGACUCAGAACCACAGUUACAAAACCCCAGCCGGGACCAGACUCCUACCAGGGCCAAGUGAGACUUAACAGAAUUGGACCUCAAGUUGCACUCCCAACACAAUCAAAGCACUCCCCUUUUUCCACACCCUGUUUAGUUUGAUACCCAGACAUCAACCAACCAACCACCACAUAACCCAAGCAGCUGGACUGUCCUCACCUUACAUGUACAGUUGAUCUGUCUUUCCUCUCAACCAUCACCACUACCAAUUCCUCUCACUGACUGCCAUUGAGCAGUCAAGUCUGAACCAGAUCUCUGACAGACUGUAUUUUAUUGUCAAAAGAAAUCUGAGCUUGGAAGAUAAUCAUGCAUUAUAAUGCGGUUUUCCAGGUUUACGAUCUCUAGAAGAAGCCAAUCUGGCUCCAUUCUGUCUGCCUUUAUGUCUAUCGCUCUGUGUCUCCAUCAAUGAUGUCAUAUUAUACAUACUGUUAAUUCAGAAAGUAUUCAGACCCCUUGACUUUUUCCACAUUUUGUUAUGUUACAGCCUAAUUCUAAAAU